UCUGCCGGGCGCGGGGACGGGGACAGAGCGCCAGGAGGCCAGGGGAAGGGGACGGGGGACAGAGACAGGGACAGGGGGACGCUGGCCAGGCCCGCCCUCCCCUCCAUGGCCCAGCAGGCGCGGCCAGGCCCCGGGGGCCCCGUGCAGAUCCGUGUGGCCAUCCAGGAGGCGGAGGAGACGGUGGAGGAGCCUGGGGACAGUGACGGCACCGGGGGGCCCACCGGGCAGCUGAGCCCGGGCUGGGGCAGCGCCAGUGAGGACGAGCCCGGCCACGGACACAGCGGUACCUCGAGCGGGGCUGAGCCGGAGCGGGGGGACGAGGCGGAGUGGACACCCCCAGGCCCCGAGCUGGCCAGGAGGCUGGUGGAGCAGAUCGAGUUCUACUUCUCGGACGAGAACCUGGAGAAAGACGCCUUCCUGCUGAAACACGUGCGCAGGAACCAGAUGGGCUAUGUCAGCGUCAAGCUGCUCACCUCCUUCAAGAAGGUGAAGCAGCUGACCCGAGACUGGCGCACCACGGCGCACGCCCUGAGGCAGUCCUCUCUGCUGGAGCUGGACGCUGAGCAGCGCAAGGUGAGGAGACGUGCCCCUGUGCCCCCCCUGCCCGGCCGGCGGCUGCUGCUGUGGGACCUGCACCUGUGCCCGCCGCCGCCAGGCGCCCCCCAGGACCCAGACGGGCUGCUCAUGGAGCGUCUGCUGCCGCUGUUCCGCGCCUUCGGGCCCCUGGCCUCCGUGCGGGUGCUGCGGGCCGGCCGCGAGCUGCCCCCCGACGUGCGCGGGCUGGCCGGCCGCCACCGCCAGCUGGGCGCCCAGGACUGCGCGCUGCUAGAGUUUGAGGAGGUGGCGGCGGCCGUGAGGGCCCAGGAGUUCCUGGCGGGCCGGGCGCGGGCCGGGGAGGGCGUGAGGGCCGUGCUGGUGGGGGCCAGGACCCCCAAGAAGAAGCCCCCCCAGGACAGGGGGCCCGCGCCGGGCCGGUCCCCGCACAGGAGGGUGGGGGAGCUGCAGGACCUGAGGGACGAGUCCUCUGCCAACAGCUCCUCGGACGCCGAGAGUGACCCCACGUCCCCCCGGGCUCCCCGGCGCCACCGGCUCAGCCCCCCGGCCCCCCCGGGCCUCUUCCUGAGCCCCAGCGCCUCCCCGAGCUCCAGCCCCUGGAGCAGCCCCUCGGCCCCGCGCCGGGCGGCCGGGAGAUCCCCGCUGGCCGAGGAAGGCGGCAGGGCCAGCGACUGCUCCUCUGACAGCAGUGCCACCCCCUCCGGCAGCCCCUGGGUGCGCAGACGCCGCCAGGCCGAGCUGGGCACCCAGGACAGGAGCCCCGGAGCCAGCCCGCUGCCUUCCAGGAGGCUGCACCCCUCCGACGGGCUCCCCGUGGGCGUCCUGAGAAUGCCCCGUGGCCCCGACCACGGCAGGGGCUUCCAGGAGCGGGUGAGGGCAGGCCCAUAGGCCUCUGCAGCCUCGCCUGGCCCCCGGGGGGAUGGGGGGGGCAGCUGGGUGGCCGAGAAGGGACACCCGCAGGGUGACAUGCUGGAGAGAGCCGUCUUCUGUUUGAGCCUCCUUGGGGCUCAGUCCCCCCCAGCAUGGGGUCAGCCGACAGGCCCCCCCACACACACACACACCUGACUGCAGCUGGCGGGAGGCAGAGACCACUGGGCAGGACUGGCAGGGGCCUCCACUAGGCCAGGCUUCACCCUUUCAGAGACGUCCCAGGAGCUCCCUCGGGCAGUGUCGCUAGCUACAGGGUGUUUUCCCAAGCCACGUGUCCAUCCCUGGUUCUGUGAAUAAAGGAAAAAAAAAAAACA